AUGGUCGAGGGCUUGCGCCGAUGGCAUUCGGCGGUUGAGAGGAUGGUCGAUGAGCCCUGGAGGGGACGCAUCAAAGCGUUCCUGAAUGAUCACCACACGGCAUCCCACUUGAUCCGACAUGAUGGGAAGGUGAUCAUUUCAGGUUUGGUUGCGAUGGCUACAGAAGCUGCGCUGGAGCUUGAGCCCUUCGAGUUCAAUCCUGGACGUGGGUAUGUCGUGUUCGAGCAGUGGUUAACCAUCAGCCGUGUUGAAGACAUAGCUUCUCAGAUGCCGCGCCGCGUCUUGCCAAUGUCAUUCGCUGGGCCUGCUGUAGCUCUCCAACUUGUGCACCAGUCGAAGCAACACGAGUGGUAUGCUAAAGUCCCAGCUCAGGCCACCCUGACCACUGUUGUGAUCCUCACGAUGUUCACUAAGGGACUUCGCCCUGAAGCACUAAGGUUCCAUGCGACUGAUGGGACUCUACUACAGGACAUUCCAAUUGCCGAUGCCUUGGCUACUGCCUCACAGAUCGAAUGCCUUUUAUGGACUUUUCCUCUCCUGCUGAUUCGCGCUCAAUCACCUCCAGCGGCCUCAAGGCCUGCACCACAUGCUGAUGAGAUACCUCCCACGGUCCCUUUUUCAGCUCGUGAGGACGAAUCAUUGAUCAUUGCUCUUGACUCAAGCCCCGCAUACAGGCUGUCACCAGAGCUCUUUCAAGAGAUGCUAUGCUUUCUCGAGUUCAACACUCGCUGGGCUCUUCCAAGCAACAGCAACAGGCAAAUUGUGUCCCUUCUCUGGGAACCUACCCUGGGAGUGCUCACCAUUGCACUCGACUCCACUGUACCAGCAGCGGACCUCCAAGAGCAGCUGGCAACCCAUUUUGGACCCCACAAGCACAUGGUCUACCAGAGCCCCUUCCCGAUUCGCAAGAUUGCUCCAGGCCCUCUCUUCACUGUGAGGGACCGCAAUCACUCCAACAACGCGUUGGUCAUGUUCCAAAAAUUGCAGACUGAAGUUUGGGUGAGGGCGCAUGUUGUGCCCAAAGAAAUCGAGCGAUCCACCAAGAUCACUACGCAGGAAGGUCUCUUCCAGAUCGUGCACCACAAUGAUCGUCCAUGCACAGGGGAUCGACUUCACCUGGCCAACGGAGACUGGUUGCUGAUCGAGCCUGUUCUCACUGAUGUUGUUGUAGGUGGCCAUCACCGCUGGACCACCAAUCCUGAAGUCCUACCAAGAGGAGCCAACUUCACGGACAGGAUCAGCUUCAGUAUCAACACCCACGGUUGGGCUGCGUCGGAUGAACUGCAUGCUGCUAUGAUGUGGCUUCUUCGCCGAUUCCCCGAGACAAUUGCCGAGUUCAACAUUCUCCAAUGGCACACUGCUGAACAGGAAUUCAGUGAUGAGCUGUAUGGAGAGCCACGCUUUGCAGAGAGUGGACGAGCAGUCACAGCUGUGCUAGUCGACAACCACUGGGCAGCAAUCGAAGUCAACAUCAUUGGCCAUCACACACAAGUCCACACCUUUGGACUGGGCGCCAACCUUGCCCAACGAGCAAUGCACAUGAUCUGUAGACGUAUGGAUGUCACACCCCAGCGUGUGCAACAACACAUCCACCCUGCACAGCCUCCGGAGCAUUUGUGCGGUUGGUUUCUCCUCCAGCGCUACUACAUCUUAUGCCAGGCCUUGCAUCAGCUUCCUGAUACUAUGAAUCAAUUCAAUGACUUGCCUGCAUUUCGACGUGGUGAAAUUCGUGAGGCAUGGGAAGCAGCUCAGGAAGAUUGGCGCAGAGCAGGGGCAUCUGACAAUCUGAUGCACUUCGCUACUGCCCUCCGCACCAACUUCUUGGUCAAUCUUGCCAUUACAGCCACCCGUGAUUCAUCAGUUGUCAAUGUCCCACUGCACGUUCAGUUCCCGGCGCAAUUGGCACCCACUGCAAGACCUCUACAUACAGGGCAACAAGCAGCACCAUCACAAGCCCAAGACACACCUGAAGCAGCGCCACUUCAGCCAGCGCCCAUCGAUCCGGCACCACAGCAACCAGACAGAGUCCACAUCAGACUCCUUGAGUCGCUCGGCAGGCCUGGUUGGCUCUCCUCUGACACUUUGGACCACGCCCUUGAAUCGCUCCGCUGGCAUUGUCCGCAGAUAUGCUUUUGCCCCCCGGCCCAGUGGAUUUCUGAUGAUCAGUCUUUGCGUUUCCUGGCCGGCUUGGAAUGCCUGCAUGACACGUUUAGUCAGAUUAUUCUCUUUGUCCUCUGGAGAGAGCAUUGGAUCCUGUGUGAACUCCAUGUCCAUGCAUGGGAGGUAUUCAUUCAGACUGUUGGCCCCAUUGAGAUCUUGCCUGACUUGCACCUCCUGGUUGCUGCAGUGUGUCGACUCUUCCGGCUCCACAACCUUGUGUUGAAUACCGCUGCAACCCACUUCGCAGCUCCUGUUGGACUUUGUGGCUGGUCGCUGCUUCGAACUCCCCUUCGACGCUUCCAAGUCCCAUUACCUCAGCUCAGCCAGCCGUGGCUUGCUGCACUGCGUGUUCACAGGCUGCAAGCUCUUAUCCGGCAAGUUCAAGUUGCAGAAACCAAUCUUUGGGAGACACAAGGUGACCCUGAUUUGCUGCAGUUUGCCUCUGGCAUUGCGCUUGAAUUCCUUGUGCACAUCAUUCAAAACCGCUUUCCCAAUGAGAGGAAUGUUGGAGGGGCCUUGAACGAUACAGGUCAUCAGCUGCCUAUUCCACAUCUGCCCCCGGUUGGCUCUGCUACUCCGCAGUUGCGAGUCCAAGAACGUCUCAACCUGUUCGACACUCGCCCUGGCUGGCUCUUUUCAGACACGGCAGAUUACCUCUUGGACUUUCUGCGUGAAGCGGAUCCGGACACAGUAUACCUCCCACCAAUGCAGUGGACUUCUCAGGGUGUUUCGGCAUUCAAUGACUUGUGCUCGCCAAUUCAAGCUUCUCAGAAGGCCAUUGGUCUCAUUUUGUGGGAGCAGCAUUGGAUUCUUUGCGAAUUUCAAUCCACGGUGUGUGCAAGUUGGCUCUUUCUGACUGGACCACCAGAACUCCGCCCUCUUGCUGUUCAGUGUGCUACUGCCGUGUGCCAGCACUUAGGAAUUGAACCGGUCCCACAUGUGGUUUGUCGUGACUUCCAUGCUCACCCUCAUUUGUGUGGGUGGACCUUGUUGUGGCUCUGCUUUGAAAAGGUUGGCAUCCAGGUCCAUUAUCCUGGGCCAUUGCAUGAGGCAUCCUUUCUUCGCAGCAUCCAUCAUGUUGAUGUCCAGAGGGUCCUGACAAAUGCAACUCUUGCAUGGCAACAACCGGACAUGCACCAGGCUGCCUAUUUUGCCAUGCGACUGCUCCCUUGGCACAUUCUCCAAGUCUUGCAAGGCCGAUUUCCUGAUCAUCAAGCUGCAGGAGGUGCUGGGGACGCCAAAGCAGCUGCAAAACCAAAGGGCACUCCUCACAGCGGAGCAGACCCGCUCAUGGCACAUGACCCAUGGGCCAAAGCAGCAGUGAUUGCAAAACUGCCAAGUGCUGCUAGAAGCACCCUGCUCUCGCUUAGCGGCCAGCAGGGAAUUCUACUUCGGGACUUUUUGGACUCUGGCUCGCAACCAAUUGACACUUCUGUCAUCCCGAAGUUUUGGGAAGUUAGCCAGAAGGGCCUCAGAGAAUUGUCCAUCAGCAUUGAAGGUGUCAAGGGCAUUGCAGGUGCCAUCCUCACCCGCAGAGGCCUCGCAAUCAGGGCCUGGACUGCGAACAUCGCCGAGGUGAGGCGGAAGCUCUUGCCAAAUGAUGCCAGGCUGAACGACACCAACAUCGCAGUUGUUCCACGGCAUAUGAUGGACGCUGCAGGCUGGCCGCCUGGAGCCUCGCCUGCCGAUGUGAUCGAGUCAGUCACCAAAGCAGUGAGCCAAGCACCCAUCCCGACGAGAACCUUCCGGUCCGCCGGAGUACAUACAUGGCAAUUGGGCUUCCAAACCCUACCACAUGUCCAGACCUUCACGGUCAAGAUCAACGGGUCCUUGCACCAGAUCCUGUUGACUCCCACGCCAUUUCACUCCAAGGGGAAUGGCAAGGGGAAGCAACGCCCGCCUAAGAAAGGCUUCACCAAAGACGAGCCUCAUUUUCCACCAGCAGCCACCUCGAUUGCUGCAGCCUCAGCACAACAAGACAAGAAACGCAUCGACCAGCUCGAAAACCGUUUCGAUUCUUUGCAAAAGCAAGUCACCGGAAUUGAACACAAACAGACAAGUCUCGAGAGCAAGUUGGACCAGCGGUUCAACGAUAUAGGUGACACUUUGAGGCAACUCGUGCAGCUCAGCACGAACCGAGCUCAUGAGCCCAGCGGUGAAUCCCCACCGCCCAAGAACCAGCGUAUCGCAUGA